ACAUGCCUUGUGCACUUGGUCCUAUGAAACCAAAUUAUAAGAAAAGAAAAAUAUUUCGCCAACCUUUCAAUUUUACUAUAUCAGGCCUUUAAUUGUUGAGUAGUUCCACUCAUUAAUACCCUCAACCACACUAGAUAGCUUUUCAAGUCUUCCAUCGCAUUACCACUGCUGCUAUUUUCCCUUGAAUAAUCUAUCAUGAAUCAAGAAAAACUUUCUCUGUACAUAUUGCUUCUCUUCCUUAGUUUUCAUUCUUGCAUAUGUAUUGAUACUAUAACGUCAAGAAAUUCUAUCAAAGAUGGUGAUAUUUUAGUCUCUAGUGGACAAGGCUUCGCUCUUGGCUUCUUCAGCCCUGCAGGCAAUCCUGCUCGUCGCUAUGUCGGAAUUUGGUAUAACAAAGUUACAGAGAAAACUGUUGUUUGGGUUGCAAAUAGAGAUAAUCCUAUCAAUGAUACCUCCGGAGUACUUGCCAUUAGCAGUAAAGGUAACCUUGUCCUGUAUGGUCAUAACCAAACCAUUCCUGUCUGGUCUGCCAAUGUUUCUUUAUCAUCACUCAACAAGAACAACUCCAUAGUUCAGCUUCUGGAAACAGGAAAUCUUCUUUUGCUUCAACAGGAUAGCAAUACGGUCUUAUGGCAAAGCUUUGAUCAUCCUACAGAUACUAUGCUUCCUUACAUGAAGCUUGGAUUGGACCGGAAAACUGGGAAGAACUGGUUUCUUUCAUCUUGGAAAUCAAAAGAUGACCCUGGAACCGGUAACAUUUUCUACAGGAUUGAUCCAACUGGGUACCCUCAGUUGUUUCUGUACAAGGGUUCGCUCCGCUGGUGGCGAGGAGGCCCAUGGACAGGACAAAGAUGGAGUGGAGUACCCGAAAUGACUCGUAAUUACAUCUUCAAUGCUAGUUUUGUAAACACUGAGGAUGAGGUAUUCAUUACCUACGGAUUGACUACUAAUGCCACAAUCUUUUCAAGAAUGAUGGUGAAUGAAUCAGGAACUGUGCAACGGGCCACGUGGAAUGAUCGUGAUGGUCGCUGGAUAGGGUUUUGGUCUGCCCCGAAGGAACCAUGUGAUAACUAUGGCGAGUGCGGUGCAAAUAGUAACUGCGACCCGUAUGAUUCUGAUAAUUUCAUUUGUAAGUGCUUGCCAGGAUUUUACCCCAAGUCACCAGGUAGUUGGUACUUGAGAGAUGGAUCGGACGGUUGCAAUAGGAAAGCCGGCGUGUCCACGUGUCGAGACGGAGAAGGGUUCGUGAGGCUGGCACUUGUGAAGGUGCCUGAUACUGCAACGGCACGGGUGAACAUGAGCUUGAGCUUGAAGGCAUGUGAGCAAGAGUGCUUGAGGAAUUGUUCUUGCACAGCUUACACAAGUGCAUACGAGUCGGGGAUUGGCUGCCUGACUUGGUACGGAGAUCUGGUUGACAUAAGAACAUAUUCAAGUGUGGGACAGGACAUUUAUGUAAGAGUGGAUGCAGUUGAGUUAGCUAAAUAUGGGAAGUCGAAAAGUCGUCUUACUAAAGGAGUGCAAGCAAUCCUGAUAGCGUCAGUUUCUGUAGCUUCCUUUCUUGCCGUCUUUGUUGUAUAUUGUUUGGUAAAGAAGAGGAGAAAAGCUAGAGACAGACGACGCAGCAAAUCUUUGUUCAGUUUCACCCAAAGUCCAACAGACUUGGGAGAUUCCCAUGGUGGAAAAGGGAAUGAUGAAGAUGGAAUUCCAGAUUUACCAUUCUUCGAUCUGAGUGCCAUAGCUACAGCUACGAGUAAUUUCUCGGAUGAUAAUAAGCUCGGAGAGGGUGGUUUUGGCUCAGUGUAUAAGGGUCUGCUACAUGGUGGAAAGGAAAUAGCAGUUAAAAGACUGUCGAGGUACUCUGGACAAGGAACUGAAGAGUUUAAGAAUGAAGUUGCAUUAAUCGCAAAACUCCAACACAGGAAUCUUGUCAGGAUGAUAGGUUAUUGCGUCCAAGAACCGGAAAAGAUGUUAAUCUACGAAUACCUGCCAAACAAAAGCUUGGAUUCUUUUAUUUUUGAUGAAGCAAAAAGAUCCCUUUUAGAUUGGUCAAUCCGCCACAGUAUAAUCUGUGGAAUUGCUCGAGGAAUUUUAUAUCUUCAUCAAGAUUCAAGAUUAAGAAUCAUUCACAGAGAUCUCAAGGCUAGUAAUGUUUUGUUGGAUGCAUCAAUGAAUCCAAAAAUUUCAGAUUUUGGCAUGGCUAGAAUAGUUGGAGUUGACCAAAUUGAAGCAAACACAAAUCGGGUGGUUGGAACAUAUGGUUAUAUGUCACCAGAAUAUGCAAUGCAAGGUUUAUUUUCAGUAAAAUCUGACGUAUAUAGUUUUGGGGUUCUACUAAUAGAAAUCAUCACUGGAAGAAAAAAUAGCAGCUUCUAUGAAGAGAGUACUUCUUCAAAUCUGGUUGGAUAUGUAUGGGACCUGUGGAGAGAAGGCCGAGCAUUGGAGAUAGUUGAUAUAUCACUAGGUGACGCAUACCCUGAACAUGAAGUACUGAGGUGCAUCCAGAUUGGGCUGUUAUGUGUCCAAGAAUCUGCAGUGGAUAGGCCAGCAAUGACCACUGUUGUUUUCAUGCUGAGUAAUCAUACGAUUCUUCCGUCUCCGAAUCAACCUGCAUUCAUUAUGAAGAGAAGUUACAACAGUGGAGAGCCAGUAUCAGCUAGUGAUGGAGGUAAUUCUGUAAAUGAAGUCACUAUGACCGUGCUUGAAGCUCGGUAGACAUACGUCCAUCUUUGUAUACAUCUGGUGUAUGCUCAAUGGUAUUGCUGAUGCUACGAAAAUAGAUAGAAGGUCGUAAAGUUUGUUAGUUUUAUGCAGCAAUAAAAUCCAUGGAAAGGAAUGGCUUCUUAUAACACUGCCUCUAAAGAUCACUUUCUUAUAUAUGAAACUGAAGAUAACUAUAGCAUAUAACUCUUGCCUAAUGUUAAUUGUGAUAUUUUUCUGCCU